UGUAUAUCGUGUAUACCGCCGUCAAGCCGAGUCAAAUGUUCGCGAUAGGUUUGCGGUGAGAUCUCGUAGUUUAACGAGGUUGGCAUAAAAACUUCCAUCAGCGGCACUCGCUAUCGACUCGUGUGCACUGAUAAGAGCCGAAAUUCUUAUCGAACGUGUUGCUCGCGGAUCACACGAGACCGCACAAAUGGUGCGACUGCCGCGUAACACAUAUGCCAGGUUGUUGAGAUCUUGUGAGAAGGUCUCCUAAGAGGAGCGCCUUUGACGAGCCAUUCCCCGUGAGCGCGUGCGACACCUGAGAACAACCCUUGCCUGGUCUGGAAUGGCGGAAAAUCAGGGCAAUUCAUCGGGCCAAGUUUGGAAAAAUAUGUAAAAAAAAUUGUCCCGCGUUGCGAGGAUCAAUUGCCGCAAUUUUUCGUACGAGGCGUGGUUUGCGCUCCGAAAAUAUAAUUACGUUGCAGGUUCUGGCAGAUCCUUCAACUUUCCGCGAUUAGAUCUUCGAACAAAUAACGACGUCCAGAAUGAGAUGUCAGAGAGGCGAAGACAGCUGAAACUUAGUUUCCAAACGCAAAGCAAUAAUUUGUCGUUUGCCAAUUCCACAAAUUCCUCAUUGUUGAAUUCCACGGGAGCCACGGCGUGUCCACCAAUAUCCUCCCGCUCAAGUAUGCCUUUACCUUUACCUAAGCUGCCAGUUAGACCUCGCAAUAUGUUACAGCAGCAAGAGUUUCUUCCCGAUAAGGCAAGAGACAAGCUGCGAAUGUGCCAGUCUAUGCAAAGUACUGGUAAAUUACAAUUAUCUUCAGACGUGAUAUAUGACUUCACGAGCGAGGAUCUUCAGGACCUUGGUGAAAUAGGAAGGGGAGGAUUUGGCACUGUAAAUAAGAUGAUUCAUAGGAUAAGCAAUACUGUUAUGGCUGUGAAGAGAAUUCGUUCUACCGUGGAUGAGAGAGAGCAAAAGCAACUGUUAAUGGACUUAGAAGUUGUGAUGAAGUCCAACGAAUGCCCGUGCAUCGUGCAAUUCUACGGGGCUUUAUUUAAAGAGGGAGAUUGUUGGAUUUGCAUGGAACUCAUGGAUACGUCGUUAGAUAAGUUUUAUAAGUUUAUCUACGAAAGAUUAAACGAGAGGAUACCGGAAUGUAUUCUAGGCAAAAUUACGGUGGCUACCGUAAAGGCACUGAAUUACCUCAAGGAGAAGCUAAGAAUAAUACACAGGGAUGUGAAACCUAGUAAUAUUUUAUUGGAUCGACGUGGUAAUAUAAAAUUGUGCGAUUUUGGGAUAUCCGGCCAGCUCGUAGACUCGAUCGCGAGGACUCGAGACGCCGGCUGCAGACCAUACAUGGCUCCGGAAAGGAUAGACCCGCAACGCGCGCGUGGUUACGACGUGCGAAGCGAUGUGUGGUCGUUAGGUAUCACAAUGAUGGAAGUGGCAACGGGGUACUUCCCGUAUCCAAAGUGGAAUUCCGUCUUUGAGCAGCUCUAUCAAGUGGUGCAGGGUGAUCCGCCGCGGCUCUCCCCCAACGAGAACGGAAAUCACUUCACCAUGGACUUUGUGAAUUUUGUGAAUACAUGUUUAAUUAAGGAGGAGACGCAGCGGCCGAAAUACAAUAAACUGCUGGAGCAUCCGUUCAUCAGACGAGCGGAGGAAGCGACGAUCGACGUCGCGGCAUACAUUAGCGGCGUUCUGGACAAUAUGGCGAAUAACGGAGUGACACCGUUCACCACCAAUCAACCUUAAGAAUCGGCAAUUGUAAGAAGCGGCGGCAAUGCGACAACAGGACACGUCGUAUGUCAUAGUACCUCGGUUUUUGCAGUCCUCUUCAGAACUCUCACUCUCCGAAUACCGUGUAUGAAUCGCAAUGGUAUUACCGCACUCCCAAUGAUCUAGCGUAGGUAGCGAAACCGGGCGAUGAUAUUUCCUCGUCGUCGUACGUCGCCGUCUCGCUCGCGAAGUUGUAUCCUCGUGGUGGCACGAGUACACGCGGAGCGGAUAAAAGAUGUACGCCGGCGAACUGUGGAGCUCGUUAAAUAAUGUAUCGAGUGGUUGAUCGACGUGUAUACGUUAUCUUUUCCUUCUCCCCCCCCCCCCUCCCAUUCCGUCAACUUCAUCCUCUUGUCUGUUUCUCGUACUAUACAAUUCUAUGAACACGUCGCGUCCUAACAAAAAUCUUUUCGAUUUUUUCGCGAUAAUGCGAAUUAUCCAAUGAAUUUUCAUGCAUAUGUACGUAUGCAUAUAUGUGUGUAUGUGUGAGGCUGCAUAUGUAUAUACAAUAUAUUACUAUUCAAACAUUUGAAGCGCUUAAAAUUUUUAAAACACAAUUUUUUUUUUACAGAUAUAUUCACUAAAAAAUAUUGACAUGAAAUUAUGAAUAUAUACUAUUUAAGUAAAGUUUGCGUAAUAAAAGUGGAAAAAUUUAAAUUAAUAUAUUACAUAUAUAUCUUAUGUUUUAAUAUUAAACCACUCGAGUAGUGUAUAUUCAUAAAUAAAUGUCAUAUUUUUAAUAAAAUAAUUAUGUAGUUAUGGUUUUUUAUCUAAGAAUUACAGAGUGCUCCAAACUUUUGAGUUAGUAUAAUAGUAUAUAUUAUAAUAUAUAGUAUGUACUAUUCAAAAUAGUAUAUACAUACAUAUAUAAGGUAUCCCAUAAUUUAUAGGUUUAAUUUUAGUCACAUUUUCUGACUAAUUUGAAGUCGAUUUUUUUCGAAAAUGUCAAGACAAGUUUUUAUUCGUCGCAACCUCCCAAUUUUUUUAUUUCAUCCACUUGAAAUUAACUGAAGAAUAUAACUUUAUUCGUUUCCCUGAAGCCUAAUUCGAAAACUAUGAUCGACAUUUUUGUUCAGGAUCAAAUCAACGUCAAAUUCAGAAAAUCCGCCAUCAAAAUGGAGAUCUUAAAUUAUGGAACACCGCAUAUGUAUAUGCAGAUGCACGUAUAAAUAUACAAAAGUCGCAAAAUUUAUAUCACACCUAAGAUCUUGAUUUUCGUGACUUUUGUAAACGGCGUUAACAGGAACGCAAAGAGUAUCCCAGGCGAAUUUAUCGCCGCUGAUCGUACCGAGAAUACAUCAGCAUUGGUCGUUUCCGAUGAUUUUCUUAGGACAGAUUUAAAUACCGAGUAUCAAAUAUUAGGAGUGCUGUAAUGUAAUGGAAAUAAAUCAUUGACACUCGCAGUAUGA